AUGGAGGGUGGCCAGGGCAGCCAAUCAUCGGGCACGGAGUCUGAAACGGAGUUCAGGUCUAGGGCAUGGGAGCCCAAGGACCAGGGCCCGGCCGGCAGCGCAACAGCUGGCGCUCGAACCGACCCGACGCCAGAGGCAGGCUCCAAAGCGGCCCCUCAACGGCCCGAGGGCCAGAGCGCUCCACCGAAGAGGAGGAAGGCGGAGCCCGAACCGAAGCCGCAGGGCCCCAGCUUCAAAAUCCCCCAGUCCUGGCCGCUCAAGGACCCAGCAGGAGGCCAGAGGCAGCCAGAGGAGCCGAGGCUAGUUCCCGCUCCUGGGUCGAGCGCGCUAGCAGGCCCGGAGCCGAGGUCGCCAUCCUGCCCUGAGCCAAGGGCAGCGACCGCUCCCGAGCAGCCAGCGCCGCCCGAGCCCGCCCCGAGCAUUCCGAGGGCGGAACGAGUGGCCGCGGUGGAGGUGGUUGUGGCGAGGGUGGCGCCGGCGCGGCAGCCGUCGGGUACCCCGAGCGCCUCUACGGAGAGGGCUCGUAGGGGACCCAGCCCCCGGCCACCAUCAAGCCAAGCCCCGAAACCCCUCUCGGAUGUGCUCGGAAGCGCCCAGGAGGUUAUCGAGUGGCUUGAAGUGGCCGUGACGGCGGAGCAAGCCGAGCUCAACAAGGAGCGUGCCGCCCUCGUUGAAGAGAGGGGGCGGCUAGAAGAUGUCGGCAAGCUUUUGGAGGCCCGUAUCGCCUCAGCCUGCGCAACCCACGAGAAGUCAAUGCGUGCGGUGGCCGAGGAGCGGGAGGCGUUGGAGGAGACGCGCAACGAGGUUGUCGCCGCGCAGGAGAAAGCCAGCCAGGCGGUCGGCAAGUACGAGAAGGCCGUGCAGUUUGCCCAGGUGGACUUAGCCCGCCGGAACGACGAGUUCGAGCGUGGCCGUGCCGAAGUCCUUCAUCAGGAGGAGGAGGUCGCGGUCCGCGAGACCGACGUCGAGAUAACGACGACGGCUCGGGAUGCCCGGGAGGAGCAGAUUGCACGACGCGAGGCGAAGGCCGCCUUGGCAUCGUCGGCCGUUACUGCCCGGGAGGAGCUGGCCGCUCGAGAGCAGGCCGUCGCUGCCUGGGCCGAGCAGUUGAAGCGGGCGCAAGCCGAGGCCCCGGCCACCAGAGGCAUCCCCGCCAGCGCAGCCGACGAUGUCAGCCUCGAGGACCGGCUGCAGAUCGCGAAGGAUGAGCUCGAGACCGUCAUUGCCGAGCGGACCAACGUGAAGCUGAUGAUGCGAGACAUGCUUCAUCAGGCGCGGAAGUCCGUGAAGGCAGCCAGGCUCGGGCACGUAAACGUGGGCGAGCAGGGGCUGGACAAAGAGACGAUGGGCCACAUCGCCCUCAGUUUCGAGGACAUUGCCCGGCGCCUCAAGGCUCUUCCGGAGGCUGUGCAGGAGCUGGGAGUGGUCGAGGCCGAGGAAACGGCCGCCCGAGAAGCCGUUCAGGACAUUGCCGCUGAGGUGGCGGCGUGCUUUAUGCGGGAGCCGACGCUAGAACCGAGCAGCAGCGGAAGUAGCGAUGCAUCCUCGCCCCCGUCGAAGCCUGCAGAUUAG